AUGACCCGCCCUCAGAGCUCUCCGAUUCUUUCGCAACUGCGUGGCGCAAAGACCUUUGCCGAACAGACUGUCGCACUUCAGGCGCUAAAGAAUGAAAUCGUGGGACAUGUCCAGCGAAAGGAAGAGUGGGUGUCUGUGGGUGUCCUGGAGCCCAUUGUGAGGUCUCUAGUGACGACGCGAUCUCCUAUGAAGACGAAUGACAAAGACACACGACAGUCCGCCACAUUGCGCCCGCUUUCUGAGGAAGACGGUGUCAAGCUACAAGCGCUACAGCUCAUAAGCAGCUUUGCGACCGGUGGUCCUGCUUUCCUGUCACCGCUCAGUGCCGCCAUGGCACUCCCCGCCAUUCUCAACAACAUUUCGCCUGCUUCCGCCCCGACUCAGAUCAUUUCUGCCGCCUUAAAGGCCCUCACAACUAUUGCUGAUGCUGCAUUGCUGGCGUCGCCGCCUUGCACUUUCAACAUUGACGCCAUCGCCGAUCAAGUUUUCCUCCCACAGCACAUUGGGUCGCUCAGUAUUAUUCUAGCUUCAUCAUCCGCGGCGGGAGUGAGCAUGGCCACCUUCAGACAGAACACUCUCGCUAUUGGCAUCAUAUGUCGUCUCUGCCGCGAGGAGCGUCAUCAACAGGCGCUUACUGCCGCUGGUGUACUGGACCUCUUGGCCACGCAACUAGCCAGCAUUGCUGUUCGUGAUGGUUUCGUCGUUCCGGGUGCGGAGGAGUCAGCUUAUAGAGAUGCCAUAUCCGGUGCAUUCCCUGUAGCAGCUAGAAACUGCGCCAAAAUUGGACUGGUUCUGGACGCGAUCAGUGCCAUUCUUGGAGAUUCCAAGUACCGUGCCACUCGGUUGAUUAAUUCGCCUUCCUUGUUAGCGGUGUUUCCUUCAAUAGAGGCUCGCAACUUUCCCCCAAUUGGAAUGAGCAGAAGCCAAGAACCAGAUGGGGAGCCGUCCAGACCCAAGUGUCUAACAGCUAUGGAAUACCUUCUUCCGGCCGUCGUCAUCCCGCGAACACGAAGCGGCACGUCGACACCAUUCUCUCAUCCGGACUACCCUGAAAUAAAGGGCAGCCGCAAAGGAAAAUCCGGUAUCCUACUGCCGGAGGCUACUCGCUUCCAUGUACCGGGCCACAACGGUUCAUACCCGAUCUCGGAUAUUGAAAGUCCGCUCGUUCCUUGGCUUGUGUAUCUAGUGAGAUCGCUUGGUGAUGUGGAACGCCUUUCGGCUCUAUCGGUUCUUGCUUCAAUUUUCAGAGCUGGACUCUGUCUGGCAAUUGCACGAGAGACAACUUUAGCUUUGCUGGUAGUACCGGUACUUAUCAACAGUAUCGAAAAACACGAUAAAGAAACCAAGGACGACAAGGAGGUGGAGGAUAUUGAGGACGUCAGAACUUUGACGAGACAUUACGUGCUGGAGCGGGCCCCUGUCAUCCUCGCACGUCUCAUAACCGACUGUGAAUUCUUGCAGAAAGCGGCUUUCGACUGUGACGCUGUCAAAGUACUCACGAAACUACUCAAAAACACCUAUCGGCCACUCCCACGGAUCCAGCCUCAAUACUGGUCAUCCCACGCUGAAGAGGGGAUGGAAGUAGAGGAUGCGUCGCCAACGCAUCGCCUUGGAGAUGGUGGUAUUCAUCCCGUGAUGGUUCACCGCAUGCGAGCACGUGAAGCUGUUCUCAAAGCAAUCGGCGCAAUGGCUGGCUCUGAAGAAAACUAUAGAAAAGCACUAGUGCUUGAGGACUUUGUACCAUACGUGGUAGAAUCGCUCAGCGAGUUUCCUGGGAAGCCUCGACAAGCCAAGGAUCACAAGGACAAGAACACAGUUCAACAAGCUCGUACCAGCCCAGAUCCCAAUUAUGGCACCAACCCUAUCAGUGUCAUCAUUGCGGCCUGUUUUGUGGCCAGGAUGCUGUCGAGAUCUGUCCAUACGUCCCGAACGGCAUUGAUUGACCACAAUAUCGCGGCGCCUAUUCUCAAUGCUAUGAAGCACUCGGAUAUCAACUUACGAAUUGCUGCAACUGCAACUGUCGCGAAUCUCGUUGUUUCCGUCAGUCCAUCAAAAGACUAUCUCACAGAACAUGGAGUUAUGAAGGUGCUCUGCGAGCAUGCACACUCUUACAAUCCUGCACUUCGGCUUAAUGCUCUUUGGGCCCUGAAGCAUUUCGUCGAUGGAGUUUCGGCCAGUACUAGGAAGACGUGCUUGGAGCUGCUAGAGCCAGCCUGGUUGAUUCAACUAAUCAGCGAUGAAGAGCAGGACGACAGUUCAUACAGCACAUCAAGGAUGGGAGAUGACUUGGAUGAAGAGAUGGAUGGUGAGCAGCUUGAAAUCCAGCCGCGUUGGAUGUACGCAGCCAAAGGCUCCAUUCAUUUCGUGGACGCUUCGGGGUCUUCUAAGCUUCGCCAGAUCGAGGACUAUUUAUCCACUAUCCGCGAGUCUGAAGGCAAUCCGGUCCCGAAAGCGCGCAAUGAUAUCAUCGCAGUUCAAGAACAAGGCGUGGACUUUAUUCGCAACCUGAUAGGUCGUGUUGAUGGAGGUGCGGGAGCAGACUCGGCCGCCGCCAACCCUGAAGUUAUAGAUUACCUGUUCAGGUCAUUGGGACAGGAUCGCCUGUUUGAUAUCCUGGCUGCAAAGCUGCGCGCCAGGGUCUUGCAUCCAUUUGUGCGCAGAACAACACUUGCCGGCCCCGAAUCGAAGAUUUCGCACCCAAACGCACGUAUUGUUACUGUCGUCAUAUAUAUACUGACGCAUAUUGCGGCAACCGGCCCGCGUUACUGCCAGUUUGUCGUCUCGCAAACGGAACUCCUCAAACUCCUGGCUCAGCAGGCCAACAACAAAGACAAUGAAGUACGCCUGGCACUGUGCCGUCUGCUUUACAACCUGACGACUAAAGAUAAUGGGGCAGAGGUACAGGCGUGCGCGCAGCGUGCGGCCGAACUUAAGCGCCUCGGCUUCUCUACUAAGAUGGAGACUUUGAUGAAGCAGGAUAGAGACCUGAAUGUCCGAGAAAACGCUCGCAUGGUCACUUGGCUUAUUGACAAUCCUGCUAGCUAA